AUGGGCAAGCGUGGUCCUGCAGGCGCCGCUGCUCCAAAACAGAAGGCAGCGAAGGCAGCCGCAAAGGCUGCUGCUGCUGCUGUGCCUGCAGCAGGCUCUCCUGAAGCUUUGGCUUUGGCUUUGCCACUGCAGCAACCUAGUAGUGUGAACGCACAGGCCCUGACUCUGAACGGCAAGAUUUGGGCCACUCACCUUGAGAAUGUCCGUGUUUUCAAAGAGCAGGCAGUGUCGGAGGACUUGGUGCAGAUGAAGCCUCUUGACCGCAGUUUUGCCCAGGUCUUCGACGAGAAUGCUGCCUUGGAAAGCCUCAAGCGAGAUGGGAAGUACAUGUGCUUGAUCAACCUCUUGUGGCUUGACCAGACUUGGUCACCGACACCCCAGAUUCCGAUCAACAAAGGCGCAGUCGAGCAGAUCAAGACUCACUGGUUUGCACAGCCAUGCGGCAUGGAAUCGCAGCAGGUCACGGUUGGCAUCUUGAAGCAAGAAAUGGAUAGCAAGACCUUCCCCGCCUCCGGCACGUGGAAGAGACUCAGCGCAGAAGAGAGCAUUCUGGCGUUCUUUGAAGCUGCAAGCGCUGAAGCGGCCAAGGUUGCCGAGGGUGCUUCUGACCUACUUUUGCAGCAGUGGCUCAACCACUGUCUGACCUGCCCAGUGCUGAUCCGAGUGGUCUCUGACGUGAAUGAAAUGGAAUGGGCUGCCCAGCAAUUGCGUGAGGAUAUGACGCAGUUGUCUUUCCUGCAAAGGACCCCGACUCAGCGCAUCUUUGAUGUGAUGCAGAAGCGGGACUCCAUGGGCGUUUCCUACACUCCGGAGAGCUUGAUCCAGCUCUAUAGCAGCAAGAUCCACUUGAGCGCAAAGUCGGAGAAAAUCACCAAAGGCUUCCUGCAUCACUCUUCAAUUGUCAUGGACCGAGCCUUGCGGCACCCACACAUUUUGGAAGUGAUCUUGAGUGAAGAAGGCACUGGCUCUGGCAUUUGGGACGCUGUGAGCAAGUUGCAUGCCGUGUGCAGCAAAUCUUCCCGGCAAGAAGAGGUUGCAUGGAUGUUUCAUCACAUGCAUGACUCCAGAGUGGCAGGGCUUCUGGAUCCAAACCAGUCUGUGAGAUUCUUCACUGGUGAGGGCAGGCCCGGUGGCAAAGGCCAUUGCGACCUUCUGCUCUACAAGCUGAGGUUUCGAGACUACAUGGUUGGAGAUUUCCUUCUGAGCACUGAAGCCAAGGAUUUGCCAGAGAAGUACCGCGUGUCUUUGAAAGAAGUCUUUUCCUCGCACGCAGCUUUCCGAGCAAAGUUUGGUUUCCCAAGUAAUCCCAAGGAUCUGUCCUGGAAAGCCGGCUGGUCCCGCUCCGCAGAUCACAUUCUGCAAUUGGUUCAGGACGUGGUCUUUGGCAUUACUUUCGACGACAACUUGAAAGCCGCGCUGGUUGCUGGCAAGUCUCCCUUGGAUGCGCUCAACAUGGACACCAAGCUUGGGGAGCGCUACUCUGAGUUCAAGACCUUCCUGCGCCACGAGCUCGACGAAGCCAGGGCAGAAGCAUCUGCAGCAGCCCGAACUCAAAUGCAAGGCGAAGAGGCUGAGAACCAGCGAGAUGACUCAGGCAAGCCUAUCCGCAGUGGUGCUUACAAGGCAUUCCUGGAGGAUGUGCAAGCCCGCGUUGGCGAGAUCAAGAAAGAAGAGUUGCUUGACAGCAUCCAGUACUAUGAAGACAAGGCCCGAAAUCUGCUGGCUUCGAAUGUGCAGAUGUUUGUCUUUCCCAGCUCAGAGAAGGAAUUGGGUGAACUGUUGGAGAAAACUGCAGCUGCCCAAGCACGUGGCGCUGGCAAGUCUUUCGUUGGUAUCCUCUGUGAUCCUGCCCAGUGGGGGGAGGCAAUCACCAAUCCUCACAUCCGAGUUUGUCCCUUGAACAUGCAGUACUUGAAGACUUUCCUGUCGGCUGUGAUCAAGAACCGCGACAACCAGCAGUUGAGCAUCCAUAGCAGGGAUUUGUUCAUCUACUUUGAUUCUUUCUUGCCCGGAAAUCUUCCCAAAUGGUUGGGAGCCUUUCAGACCGGAGGCGGUGAGGCCAUGACCAAGCAGUCUUUCACAGUCUUCGUCAGCUAUGAUGAAGAUUCUUUGACGCAGCGCCGCCAGUACAUCAAGGCCAACACAACGACUUUCCAGCAGAUCGAGCAGAUGUCCCUUGUUACGUCUGAGUCUUUCGGAGAUUGCAUGACCAAGUAG